GUUGCACUGGCCGCGAGCUGGCUUCCUGUCGGAAGCAUGAAGUAGCUACCAGAAGACAACGGGCUGGAGAUCCUGUAUUUUUUUAAUACUUCUAACUCUAAGUGGACCCUUCUCCAGUCAAGAUGUCUCGGGGCUCCAUCGAGAUCCCUUUACGGGACACUGAUGAGGUCAUCGAGCUUGACUUUGACCAGCUGCCAGAAGGAGACGAGGUCAUCAGCAUCCUGAAGCAGGAACACACACAGCUGCACAUAUGGAUUGCUUUGGCGUUGGAGUACUACAAGCAGGGCAAAACGGAGGAUUUUGUCAAGCUUUUAGAGGCAGCUCGUAUUGAUGGAAACCUCGACUACCGAGACCACGAGAAAGACCAGAUGACCUGUCUAGACACAUUGGCAGCUUACUAUGUUCAGCAAGCACGGAAAGAGAAAAACAAGGAUGCCAAGAAGGAGCUUAUCACACAGGCCACGCUGCUCUAUACAAUGGCCGACAAGAUCAUCAUGUAUGAUCAGAACCAUUUGUUGGGACGAGCCUGUUUCUGCCUGCUGGAAGGAGACAAGAUGGACCAGGCUGACGCUCAGUUCCACUUUGUCCUUAAUCAGUCCACCAACAACAUCCCUGCUCUGCUUGGUAAGGCUUGCAUCUCCUUCAAUAAAAAGGAUUACAGAGGUGCACUGGCGUACUACAAAAAGGCCCUCCGCACAAAUCCAGGCUGCCCAGCUGAGGUCAGGCUGGGGAUGGGCCACUGUUUUGUCAAGCUCAGCAAACUGGAGAAGGCUCGUUUGGCGUUUGGCCGAGCCCUGGAGCUUAAUUCCAAAUGUGUGGGAGCUCUCGUUGGUUUGGCGGUUUUGGAGCUCAACAGCAAAGAGGCCGAUUCCAUCAAGAACGGCGUGCAGCUCCUGUCUCGGGCUUACACCAUAGAUCCCAGCAACCCCAUGGUGCUCAACCACCUCGCCAACCACUUUUUCUUCAAAAAGGAUUACAGUAAAGUGCAGCAUCUGGCCCUCCACGCUUUCCACAACACAGAGGUCGAGGCCAUGCAGGCGGAGAGCUGCUACCAGUUAGCUCGCUCAUUUCACGUGCAGGAGGACUAUGACCAAGCAUUUCAGUAUUACUACCAGGCCACUCAGUUUGCCUCGUCCACCUUUGUGUUGCCCUUCUUCGGCCUGGGCCAGAUGUAUGUGUAUCGAAGGGACAAAGACAAUGCGGCACAAUGCUUCGAAAAGGUUUUAAAGGCCUACCCUAAUAACUACGAAACAAUGAAAAUUCUGGGCUCUCUCUAUGCCACAUCUGAUGAUCAGGAUAAGCGAGACAUCGCAAAAGGUCAUUUGAAGAAGGUAACCGAGCAGUACCCAGACGAUGUGGAGGCCUGGAUCGAGCUGGCUCAGAUUCUGGAGCAGACGGAUAUUCAAGGAGCGCUGUCUGCAUACGGCACAGCCACCCGCAUCCUGCAGGAGAAGGUGCAGGCCGACGUUCCACCUGAGAUCCUCAACAACCUUGGAGCUCUCCACUUCAGACUGGGAAACCUGGGAGAGGCCAAGAAAUACUUCCUUGCGUCUCUCGAACGGGCCAAAGCUGAAGGGGAGCAUGACGAGCAUUACUACAACGCUAUCUCUGUCACCACGUCCUACAAUCUGGCCCGCCUGUACGAGGCGAUGUGUGAAUUUCACGAGGCAGAGAAACUCUACAAAAACAUCCUCAGAGAGCAUCCUAACUACGUGGACUGUUAUCUGCGUCUUGGAGCAAUGGCCCGCGACAAAGGAAAUUUCUACGAGGCUUCUGAUUGGUUCAAAGAGGCCCUGCAGAUUAAUCAGGAUCACCCAGAUGCUUGGUCCCUGAUAGGAAACCUUCACUUGGCCAAACAGGAAUGGGGACCGGGUCAAAAGAAGUUUGAGCGUAUUCUGAAGCAGCCGUCCACGCAAAAUGACACCUACUCCAUGCUGGCUCUGGGUAACGUGUGGCUGCAGACUCUGCACCAGCCCACCAGAGACCGGGAAAAGGAAAAGAGACACCAGGACAGAGCCCUGGCCAUAUACAAACAAGUGCUGCGAAAUGACUCCAAGAACCUCUACGCUGCUAAUGGCAUCGGUGCCGUCCUCGCCCACAAGGGCUUCUUCCGGGAGGCUCGCGACGUGUUUGCGCAGGUGAGGGAGGCCACGGCAGACAUCAGUGACGUCUGGCUCAAUCUGGCUCACAUCUACGUGGAGCAGAAGCAGUACAUCAGCGCGGUGCAGAUGUAUGAGAACUGCCUGAAGAAAUUUUACAAAUACCAGAACACUGAGGUGCUGCUGUACCUCGCAAGGGCACUUUUCAAAUGUGGCAAACUGCAAGACUGCAAGCAGAUGCUGCUGAAGGCCCGCCACGUGGCGCCCAGCGACACGGUGCUCAUGUUCAAUGUGGCCCUGGUGCUCCAGAGACUGGCCACGUUAGUGCUGAAAGAUGAGAAAAGCAACUUGAAGGCUGUGCUCAGCGCUGUCAAGGAGCUUGAACUGGCUCACAGGUACUUCAGCUACCUCUGCAAGGCUGGGGACAAGAUGAGGUUUGAUCUGGCUCUUGCUGCUUCUGAAGCCAGGCAGUGCUCUGACCUUUUGAGUCAGGCUCAGUACCACGUUGCACGAGCCAGGAAGCAGGAUGAGGAGGAGAAGGAGCUCCGGGCCAAACAAGAGCAGGAGCGGGACAUUCUGCGUCAACAGAUUAAGAAAGAACAGACGGAGAAGCGGAACAAAGAGGUGGAAGAACAGAAAAAGCUGUUGGAGCAGAGGGCCUUGUACGUGGAGAAGACCAAGAACCUGCUCACCUUCGCAGAGGGAUCAAAGGAAAUGUCCAAAGAAAAGAAGAAGAGCGGUGGACGCCGUAAGAAAGGAGGCGACAUGGAGGAGUUUGUCAACGACGACUCUGAUGAAGACCUGCCGCUGAAGAAGAAGAAGAAGAAACGGGGGGGCAGUGGCAGCGAACAGGAUGAGGGCACCGAGGGAGACAAGCCACGCAAGAAGAGGCGGAAGCCUGCUAGAGGAGAGGACAGCGAGGACGAGGAAGGUGGAUCACGACCCAAGAAGCAGCGUAAACCCAAAGAACGCAAGCGGGUGGAAAAGCAACAACCUGAGCGUCUGCCGCCGUCACUCAAAGGAAAGAUCAAGUCUAAGGCCAUCAUCUCCUCUUCAGAGUCCUCGUCAGAUGAGGAUGGCCUGAAAAUAGCUGAAGACAGACACCAGAGAGACAGUGGUUCAGGAUCUGAUGAUGGAGGCGGCCACAGGAAGCAGAUUCCAUCCGACAGCGAUUCGGAUGGAGGGAGGAAACGCUCUGGCAGCGAGGCGGGCAGCCCCCGGCACUCCGUUGGCUCAGAGGACGACGAUUCCGGCAGCGACCGUCCGGUGAAGAAGAGGAGAGUGCAGCGGCAGUCGGACUCUGAGCAGUCCGACAACGAGAGCAAGAGGAGUCGGUCGGGGUCCGACGACGAGUCCAGGCCGAGUUCACCCGCCGCAGUGUCGGGGCGAGGAUCAGAUAGGGGCUCUGAGGCGGGAUCGGACGUCCAGGGCUCCCCGCGCCACUCAGACAAUGGCUCUGAGCCAGAAGCCUCCAACAAUGACAGCGAUUAAAAUCUUUAAGCUAUUCCCACGGGAAGCUCUACUUUUAAGGGAUAUGCGUUUGUGCGACAGCUGGGGAGUUUGCUUAAAGUAGUAUUGUUUGCCCAGUGUUACCGUGUAGUACUCACAUUUGACUGGAAAUUUCUUUUCAGAUGCUUUUGUUUAACAGAUCAAAUGGUUUGAAGUAGACGUAAUGUGCAAAUGUCUAUUUUCUAUUAAAGAUGGUUAAAUGAGUGACCCAGAAUGGAGAUGCUUCAAAGAAAAUGUUGAAUAAAACAAAUUGAGAUGUG